AUGACUACUGAAAAAGACAAACUCACUUCCCCUUUAUGCCUCCCAGAUCUCCCUCUCCCCACACCUCCACCUAUGGCAAACAUAAUGAUGACAUCACGAUUUGACCUAAACACAAGAGGUGGAUUAGGUUACAGAAAAAUCCUAAGCUCCAGAAGUACGGAAUUUAGAUCUCCUAUACUAGGAAGGUCUCCUAUAUUCCUGCAAAAUAGACCUAGCAUUAUAAAGAAUGAACCUCUUGUAAGACAAUAUGAAACAGUCACAGACAACUUAGGCUUAUCUUCUUUACCAAGGCAUAAGAAUUUUGAAGACCUAAGCAAAAGAUUAGAAGACUUUGAUGAAUACAGAAAUAAAAUGCCGCCAAAAAGCAAAUACUUUUCGAGAGACUCCGUUUUAUCACAGGAAUUAGAAGAAGUAAACAAUCUUAGCCAUGAUUUAAACUACAAAUUCGAUGCGUACCAACCUCACCAACAGGAAAUAUCACCUGAAUACCAGACAGUAUUCUACAAUGAACAUUACAUGUCAGACAUAGACGAGAAUGAGGAAAUCAAACAGUUCGCCAUAGGUUACAAAACGCCUGAAAGAAGAUAUUCAGAUAAUUCUGAUAAAAUCAUCCAAAACACCAACGAUAGAAACAUGUAUUCAAAUACUAACAACUAUAACACCAUGCCUUCAUUGAGUAGUUUAAGGUACUUUAAAAGUGGCCAAACGUAUGGUUCUACUAGUUCCAUUAAAAGUUCGGAUAUAUAUGCUACUAGUCCCAUGUUGACCAGGAAGUUUGAAAAUUUUGAGCAGUGUGAUAGAGUUUUUAAACACCCACAGAGGCCAGUUGUAAAGGAGGCAAAAAUAAGGUAA